AUGGCAAUAAAAGACACCCUUCGACAACGCACCUUAGCUCCUUCAUCUUGGGUCUUGCCCAAAGAAGAAUCUUGCAUCGCGCCAGAGAAUGUAUGGAGUAAUAAGGAUAUGGAUCCUGCACCUGAAGAACAUCGUCUGUGGACAGGCUGGACCUUCUUCACCUAUUGGAUAUCCGAUGCUCUGAACCCCGGUCAAUGGGCUACAGUGUCCAGCUUUGUCGCAAUGGGUCUCACCUGGUGGGAAAGUUGCCUUGCUAUCUUUGUUGGAGGGUUCUUGGUGGCUCUGGUUGUCACUGCAAAUGCGUAUAUUGGUGCCAUACUUCACACACCUUUUGCAGUGACAUCUCGAGCCACGUACGGAUAUUGGGGGUCCAAAUUCGUCGUGUUUUCACGAAUGGUUAUUGCGUGUUUCUGGUUAUCCAUCAACUCGUGGUCCGGCGGUAUCUUUGUCUCCCUCAUGAUCGAAGCUAUCUGGCCACAAUAUGCGAGAUUGAAGAACAGCAUUCCUGCCAGUCAGGGUGCUACUUCCCGGGACUUCUUAUCCUUCUUUCUGUUCUGGUUGUUGCAGCUUCCUUUCGCACUCAUCCAUCCAUCCAAGUUAAAAUGGGUCUUCAAUAUCAAAGCUAUUCUGGUUCCCGUGAUUGCAGUAGGGACAUUGAUCUACGCGGUGAAGAGAGCUGGACCAUUGACCUCUCAAGCAUUGUCAAGUCCACCUAAUAGAGUACCAGGCGGAUCAAAAAGGUUCAUCGCAUUCAUGGCUUCUGUCACUGCAACUCAGGGUACCUGGGCUACACUCAGUAUCAACGUUGGUGACUUUUCAAGAUACUGCAAGAAGCCUUCGGCUGCAUAUGUACAAAUGUUCGCUAUUCCGGGUUUAUUCAGUGUUUUCAGUAUCUUUGCUUCCAUUUCUGCGGCCUGUUUGAACUCUGUGUACGGGACUACUGACUCUUUCUAUCAACCGUACGACAUCGUUGCUCUAUGGAAUACCUCCGCUGGCGGCCGAGCAGCAAUGUUCCUUGGCUCUUUAGUUUGGGCGCUAUCGAAUGUGACAACCAACAUCUCGGCUAACUCCAUCUCGGCAGCGAAUGAUAUGACUUCCCUCGCACCGAAAUACAUCAACAUCAGGCGAGGGCAGAUGCUAGCUAUCACCCUGGGAGUAUGGGGAUUCGCGCCAUGGAAAGUCCUUGCCUCGGCAACAAACUUCCUGACCUUCAUGUCUUCCUAUUCGAUCGUCCUUGCGCCCAUCGCUGUGUUGAUGGCGAUCGAUUUCUUCGUGAUCAAGCAACGAAAGAUAGAUAUCUACGAAUUAUAUAAACCUGAUGGUAUAUAUCGAUUCUCCAAAGGAUGGAAUUGGAGGGCGUACGUAGCUUUGGCCGUCGGCAUCGCUCCCAACCUGCCCGGAAUGGUCAAUGCAAUUGAUAGUACGGUAGAGAUCGGAAAUAUCAAGUAUAUAUACAUGAUCUCGAAUAUCGCUGGUGAUCUUUUUGCGAUUAUAGUCUAUCUGGCAUUGAAUAGAUUUUUCCCCGCUAGAGAACCGCAGAUCGAAGUUGCCGUGCACGACCUCUUGCCAUCGUCGCCAUCAACUUCGUUUGACGAUCAGGGUGGAUAUCCUGUGACAUACUCCGGAAGUGACCCUGUUGCAGAUGAAAGAGAAGAUAAGAGUAGUACGCAGGGUUCGAAAGUGAAGGAGAAGAUUUUAGUAUAG